AUGUCGAAUGGCAAGGAAGUGGGAUCGGCUCAACAGGAGAUUGACAGCAUUGAUGACAAACUGAAGGAACUGAAUGAGAGGAAGGCUGAGAUCCAAAACCAAAACCAUGACAACGACAGCGCGAAGAAGGUGUCAUUCAGCACAAGUCAGAAGACGGCGCCCCUCGAAUCUAAUGCUACCACAAAAGUUUACUAUAUCACGCCUCCACCUUCGACCCCUGCCCCUAAAGUGAUUCUGGAAGCAGAAGACCUUCCACCGUGUCCGUGCAGGACUCAGUGCCCCGAGUGUCGUCAGUUCGUGGUGACAGAGACCUCCCAGUCCGUCAGCAGUGUGACCUGGAUGGUGUGUUUCAUGACAGCUAUGAUCGGGUGCGUGGCGGGUUGUUGCCUCAUUCCCUUCUGCCUGGAAUCAUUCAAAUCGACCACCCACAAGUGUCCCAGGUGUCGCUCUGUAAUCAGCACUGUUAAAAAGCUCUGA